AUGAUGAAAAAUUAUUUGCAAAUACCUGAUGAUAUAAUGCCUAAUAUAUCUAUACUUAUGGAAUUACUCAUGAGGGAAUGUGGACCUGAUAAUAUGCAAUUAGCAUGUUUGGUUGCUAUGGAUAUGAACAAGGUACUACAUGAUGUGCAUGAGAAGAGUAACAUCAACAUAAGAGAUGAAAAUGAAUAUGAAUAUAUAAGAGAAUCAUUUAUCCCUUUGGAAGGCCCAUUCGAUGAGGAAACAAUUGAUGAUAUUCACGAUUGGGAGUUAGAACCAAAAAGAAUUAUUUCUAACAUUGAUGAUGAGGAAUGGUCUCCAUGUGAAUACGCAUACUUAUCUGACAAUGAACAAAUGAUUGAUUCACCCAAAUUUGAGAACUACAAUGAUUUAAUUGAUGAAGAGGAAUACCCCAGUUAUGAGGAAAGUGAGGAAGCAUCCAUACCUGAAAGCCAUGAAGACACUUUGCCAGAAACAGAGGCAUGUAUUAGUAACAAAGAAGAAGAAGAAUAUUCACUCACACAUGCUGAGCGAGCAACUAUAAUAAAUGGAUUGAACGGGCAAAAUUUUCUCAAAGGCGAAGGAGCUUUAUUCCAUACUUCUUCAUAUACUGUUAUUCAUUUGUCCUCUGUACUUUUUGGGCCAUUUUGUAAGCUGUUGGCUGGUGCUCAGUCCUACAAAUACCCAUUUAUGACUGCGGACGCUAAGAAAGCAACUGCAAGAAAAUAUGACUAUAUCAUCAUUGGAGGAGGUGCAGCUGGGUGUCCUCUCGCUGCAACUCUCUCACAAAACUUUACUGUCUUGUUAAUGGAGAGAGGAGGAUCUCCUUAUGGGAAUCCUGACAUUGAGAACGCCAGUGCUUUUGGCAAGGCAUUACAAGAAACAGAUAAUUACACGUCCAUAGCACAGGGAUUUGUAAGUGAGGAUGGAGUGCAGCUUGACAGAGCCAGAGUUCUAGGAGGCGGAACUGCUAUUAAUGCUGGGUUUUACAGCAGGGCAAGCUUGGAAUAUAUUCAAGGCAUGGGAUGGGACGAGGAACUCGUAAAUGAGUCGUAUUUGUGGGUCGAGAAAUUGAAUGUUUUUCAACCAGAUCCCCUUUCUGUUUGGUCAUCGGCUAUAAAAGAUGCACUUCUGGAAGCGGGAGUGCUUCCAUACAAUCGGUAUACUUUGGAUCAUUUGGUGGGCACCAAGAUUGGUGGUUCCAUCUUUGAUAACAAUGGCAAACGACAUACAGCUGCAGAUUUGCUAAAGUAUGCAAACCCUGAUAAUAUUGUUGUUCUGCUCAAUGCUACUGCCUCGAGAGUUCUCUUCAAAACUUCAUCAGGAAAGUUGAAGGCUCAUGGAGUAGAAUUCAUGAAUUCUAUUAAUGGUAUUAAUGGUAGUUCUUAUCGGGUAUUAAUCAAUGAUUCAUCAAAUUGCAAUGAGGUAAUUCUGUCAGCAGGAAGUUUAGGAAGUCCUCAGUUAUUGCUCUUAAGUGGAAUAGGUCCUUCCCAAGAUCUUCAAAAAUUAAAUAUAUCUGUCCUUAAAAAUGUAUCAUCUGUAGGACAAGGGAUCCAAGAUAAUCCUCGUGCAUCAAUAGCAGUAGAAUCUCCUACACCAUUCAAUACUUCUAGCAUACAAGUAGUGGGCAUUCUGAAUAAUUCAGAGCUUUACAUAUAUGGUAGUAGCUUUGUACUGCAAGUUCCCUCAAAUGACUCUACUAACAUAACCAAAUAUGGUGGUGGAAUUUUUGAGAAAGUAGCUUUUCCCUUAUCGAGAGGAAAUCUAAGUCUAAGUAGUAAGGAUCCUAGAGAUAAUCCUUCUGUUCGUUAUAAUUACUAUUGCACGCCUAAAGAUCUACAGACAUGUGUGCAUGGACUCAAGGUAAUGUAUGACAUGUGUGAAACAAAUUCUAUUCAGAAUUUUGCCUAUAAUAAGUCUAGUGGCAUAAAUGGAUUACAUUUUAUUGGGCCAAGUCUACCCAGUAAUAAAUCAGAUGAUGUAGCCAUGGGGAAGUUUUGUAAAGAUAAUAUUGCCACUAUGUGGCAUUUUCAUGGAGGAUGUAGUAUUGGUUCUGUGAUUGAUCAGACAUAUAAGGUCAAAGAUGUUGUUGGUCUAAGAGUUGUUGAUGGUUCCACUUUCAUGGAUGGUCCUGGAACUAAUCCACAAGCAACCACCAUGAUGCUUGGAAGGUAUGUAGGAGUAAAGAUUCUACAGGAGCGUGGAUUUUGA